AUGGAUGCGUCCACGGAAGGAAACCCGAGGCGCAGCAGCAGCGCCUCCUCCUCCGCGCUGGAGUUCCAGUUCUGGGCCGCCGGCGAAUCCCCGCCGCAGCUCCUCACGGCCGACGAGCUCUUCGCCGACGGCAUCCUCCUACCCCUCCAUACCCUCUCCCUCCGCCCAAUUCCUCAUCCCGAUCCCGACGUCCCGCCCGUAUCGCGAUCGGAACCUGAGCCUGAGCCGGCGUCAGAUCCUCCGCCUCCGCCUCCCGACGCCGACAUCACGGCCUCGAUCUCCUGCUCCCCGACCUCGGGAUCCAAGCGCUGGAAGGACAUCUUCCGGAUCGGCGAGAAGAAGCCGGGGGACGAGAAGGAUCGCCGCAAGGAGCGCAGGGCCGGCGCCGCUGCCGCCGCCGCGGAGCUCAACAUCCACAUUUGGCCCUUUUCUCGUAGCCGGUCCGCCGGGAGCGCGGCGGCGGGCGGCGUCCGUCCGCGAACAUCGAUCUCCGGACGCAGAGUGAGCAGCGCCCCUUGCUCGAGGAGCAACUCGCGGGGGGAGUCCUCGAAGCCCCACGCCGCCACCGCGGUGGGAGGGAGGAGAUGGGCGUCGAGCCCCGGGCGGGCCAGCGGUGGGGUCCCGGUCGGGCGGUCCAGCCCGGUGUGGCAGAUCCGGCGGGCCGAGCACAGGAAGAGGGAUAAGGGCACCUUCAGUGGGAGGAGAGCCACCGCGGGCGCCGACACGAGGGUGCUCCACUUGAGCGUGAACACGUGCAUCGGGUACCGGGGCAGCCAGCGGGGCUGCAGGGGUGACGAUAAGGAUGGGAUGACCGCGCGUGAGCGCACCGCUGGGGAAAGCAGCAGGACCCUUUUUAGCCUCAAGGCUCUGUUUUCGAAGAAGGUGAAUUAA